AUGCGCAAAAAGUACAGAAUAAUAAAAUUAGUGCUUCUAUUUUUUACCGCGUUCGUUUUCUUCUCUAGAAGCAAUUAUUUAUCCAGAAUAACAGCGAAAGAAUUGUUUGUGCGGACUUAUAACGUUGGAGUGCUGAUGGCAUCCCAUUUAGACAGCCCUUAUCCAUCGUGUAGUGGUGCAAGAGCACCAGGAUUAGCGGCAGACAUGCAUUUUCGUGAUAACGUUAUCGCAUUUAUCGGUCCAGCGUGUGCUUUUGCAUUAGAACCUGUUGCAAGGCUCGCGGCUUAUUGGAACACGCCAAUAAUUACUGGAAUGGGCGAUCAGCCGCCAUCAGAAGGCGAACUCUCGGUAACAUCCGGUAUCCUUGGUAGACUUCACAAGUGGAAAAAUGAGAGCUCUGGAAUUUUUAAAGAUAAAAGUAAAUACCCUACUCUAACAAGAAUGUCUUAUUGCCAAUGUCGCUUGCGAUUAGUAUUCUCAAGUAUUUUCAAGGAAUUUGGAUGGUCACACGUCGCAUUGAUCCUCGACAAAUCUGAUUUGUUCUCAUUAACCGUAGGAAAGAAUUUGGAGUACGGAUUACGGAAAGAUGGCUUGUUGAAAUUUGUUCGAGAACUCGAUGGUAAUGCGCAGGAUGAUUCUUAUCAUUUGUAUCUUCGCGAUGCGAGUAUGUAUGCCAGAGUUGUAAUUCUGAGCGUUCGAGGAACCCUUGUCAGAAGAUUCAUGCUAGCAGCCCAUGCAUUAGGAAUGACACGCGGUGAUUGGACAUUUUUAGACGUAGAAAUAAUUCAGGGAUCAUAUUGGGGCGAUCAUGACUGGGAAAUAGGCGACGUAGAAGAUGCGGCGGCACGAAAAGCUUACGAAGCUCUUUUAAGAGUUUCUUUACUCCAGCCAACUUCUCCCCGGUUCCAAGACUUUGCAGAAGACGUCCGGAUCCGCGCGCAAACAAAUUACAAUUACACAUUUUCCGACGGCGAGGAAGUUAAUUUUUUCAUCGGAGCUUUUUACGACGGAGUUUACUUGCUCGGUAUGGCGCUCAACGAAACUCUAUCUGAGGGAGGAAAUAUCCUUGACGGACUCGCGAUGACGAAGAGAAUGUGGGGUAGAGAUUUUAUGGGAAUUACUGGGCAUGUUAGGAUUGAUGAAGACGGCGAUCGAGACGCUGAUUACAGCAUUCUUGAUCUCGAUCCUAUUACCGGAAGGCAAUUGAUUUUUUGUUUAAUUUUAUUUAGCAUUAUUAAAUUUGAAGUGGUCGCGCAUUACUUGGGAUUAAACAGGGAGUACAACCAAGUGUCCGGAAAAAAAAUCCACUGGCCGGGUGGCCGCGAAGGACCACCCGCGGAUAUUCCUGAGUGUGGAUUCCUCGGAAAUGAUCCGGCUUGUGCGCUUAAAACAGACGCGUAUACUCUAAUCCUCUACUCAAGUUUCGCGCUAGGUGUAUUUUUAUUCGCGGUUUCUACCGCGGCUUGCUUCCUUUACAGACACCUACGCCUUUCGGCUGACUUAAACAACAUGUCCUGGAGAAUCAGACCCGAGGAACUGCUACUGGAAGUCAGUAAGACUUUUUCUUCUAAAAUUAAUCUUCAUCAGGCUAUGGCGGAGGCUAAUAAUUUUGGAUUGGAACAAAAAAGACGAGGCUCGCAAUUAAGUGGGGAUUCAUUAGCGCCUACUAGUAUGUUUACCAGUGUCGGAAUUUACAAAGGCGAAAGGGUUGCUAUAAAAAAAGUGACUAAAAAAAAAGUUGUUGACGUAACAAAAAAAUUACUAUGGGAAAUUAAACAAGUACGCGAUGUUACUUCUGAAAAUACUGUCAGAUUUAUUGGAGCGUGUCUCUGUUCACCAUCCCCUACAGUAUUAAUACUAACAGAGUACUGUCCCAAAGGAUCGCUUAAAGACGUCCUGAAUAAUGACGCGAUAAAACUUGACUGGAAUUUCCGAAUGUCAUUAAUUCACGAUAUCGUUAAAGGAAUGGAUUAUUUACAUGCGAGCGAAGUAAACGCUCACGGUAAAUUGCGGUCGUGCAAUUGUUUAAUCGACGGACGUUUUGUUCUCAAAAUAUCUGACUUUGGUCUCAAGACUCUGACCACUCCAGCGGAAUUAAUUAUUGAUGAUAAUUAUUACACAAAAUUAUUAUGGAUUGCACCAGAAUUAUUACCACAAACAGUAUUACCAGGUAGUGCUGCUACGCAAAAAGGUGAUGUUUACAGUUUUGCUAUUAUAUUAGAAGAAAUAAUAUUACGUGGUGGUCCUUAUGAAGUUGCUAAGAGUUAUAUGUCAUCACAAGAAAUUGUAAAUAGAGUGUCUUCUGGAGAAAAUCCUUGCUUUCGUCCAGAAGUCCAGCCAAAGGAUUGUCCUCCAGAUAUUCUGUGCUUAAUGGAACGCUGCUGGAGUGAAAUAAGCGAGGACCGUCCAACUUUCCAAGCUAUCCGCGGAAUAAUUCGCGGGAUUAUGAAAGGAUACUGCGAAAAUUUAAUGGAUGAUUUGCUACGACGUAUGGAACAGUAUGCAAAUAAUUUAGAAGCAUUAGUUGAAGAAAAAACUGAACAAUUAACUUUAGAAAAACGUCGAAGUGAAGAAUUGUUGUAUCAAGUAUUACCAAGACAAGUAGCUGGUCAACUAAUGGCAGGAGAACUGGUCCAACCGGAACAAUUCGAGUCCGUGACAAUUUACUUCAGUGACAUAGUAGGUUUCACAGCUCUGUGCGCCCAGAGUACAGCAAUGCAAGUAGUAGACUUCCUAAACGAUCUCUACAGCACAUUCGACCGUAUAAUAGGUUUCUACGACGUUUACAAAGUAGAGACAAUUGGUGAUGCUUAUAUGGUAGUCUCAGGACUGCCCCAGAGAAACGGGGACGAGCACGCCAAAGAAAUCGGUCUGAUGGCUCUCGCCAUCCUGGACGCUGUCAAGUCCUUCAAAAUCGGACACAGACAGGACUCCCAACUAAGCGUCAGGAUUGGAGCUCACAGCGGUCCGGUUUGUGCUGGAGUCGUUGGCCAGAAGAUGCCUCACUACUGUCUAUUUGGUGAUACUGUUAACACUGCUUCACGUAUGGAGUCUUCUGGCCUACCUCUAAAAAUUCACGUGUCAGAGACGACUAAAAAUAUUUUGGACAAGUUCGGUACAUUUGAACUUGAACUCCGCGGCGAAGUUGAACUCAAAGGCAAGGGCACAGUGACCUCUUUUUGGUUGAACGGUUGCACAACUCCAGAUCCUCGGUUAUCAUCACCAAAGUUACGGAAGCACAGCACCAGUCCUCCGGACAACGGACAAUGCACGACUUUGAAUCCUUUGAUUUUUCCUCAAAAUAUUUUAAACGCCAAAAACUCAAAUAAUACUUUUAUUAAUUUGUCUGAACUCUAA